UUUCUUUGAAAUGUGACUGUGUUUUGAACAGGGCAGACGAUAAAAGUAUUGGGAAUUAAUCGUAUCUUGUAUUUUUUUUUUCCAAAAUAUGAACAAAGUUUCGCUCAAUGGAAUACUUUUAAGCGCAACCUUCCGGAAUACACGAUCGUUCAGUAUCGGGAGAUGGUACUGUUCCAGUACAAGCACCACGCAAAGCCAAUUUUUGUCUUAUGAUAAAGAUCCAGGCCCGGCCUUCAUUCGGCAAGAUGUACAAAAGCUGCUUCGCUCUAUGACCCGGCUGGAGCUGGACAAAGUUUUCCGCAAGCGUGCCGUCAAGAACAACACUGUUGAGUAUCGCUUCAUGACGGACGAACAGUUACGCGAGGAGGUGAAAAAAUCGAUCGGCCGGGCUGAAAAAUUAUUACAGAUGCCACCCAUUGUGGCCGCAAUGAAAGAAAAUCCUCAAGUGAUAUCGCGUGAUCCAGCGUUGUCCGGGUUUUCCGACACCAAGAUGGUAUUCACUGACAUCAGCUUUGGGCUGCGCAACAACAAGCGAACUAUUGUAGAACGGCUUACAGACGGAACACUGCAGGAGGCUUCGUAUGAGACCAAAAAGCGUUUGAAUCAAAUUUACUUUCCACUGAAAGGACGAAAAAUUCGAACGCCUAAAAUGUUCGACAGUGCGGAAUUGAAUAAGAUACUAGACUCCGGGGAGUACGAGUUUGUACUGAAUAAGGCAUGCGUGCAGUUUGAGCCUUUCGAGAAGGAAUAUCAUGAUAUAACCAGUGCUGUGUUCCAGCACGUGAAUGAAAACAAGGCAUUUGAUGUGCUAAGAUCUACCCGACAUUUUGGACCGAUGUGCUUUUUCUUGGUGUGGCAACGCUUGGUGGACGACUUACUUUUGGAUAUGAUUAAGAGGAACUAUAUGAGGAAUGCUGUCGAGUUGGUAUUCCUGCACUGCACACUUCACGAUGUUUCAGUCGACGCUGAGGGUUCAGAGCAGCUGAAGGAGCACAUUCUCAGUACGGAGGCACCGAUAAUUGAAUCUAAUAAGCGAACGGUGCAAGAAUUGGAACAGGAUGAGAAAUUUUUAUCAUUGGUAGAACGAUUUGUGCUGCAACAUUGCGUUAAAAAGGUGCAACUUAAUCUGGCCAUUGCUGCUAACCGGGAGAUGAUCAAUGAUCGAAUUAAACUUGCCGAAGGCAUUCGGAAAAUGCAUGGUGAAAGAUAGAAUAAUUUUAUUAAAAUAGUAGUUAUAGAUUCUAAUAAAUUCAGCUACUUUGGCGAAUUGAAA